AGAGAGGCGUUAAUGUGCUGGCUGCCUGAAACAGUACACACAGGGAGAGAGAGAGAGAGAGACACACACACAGAGAAAACAAAAUAUUAUUCUGCUCGCUCCUUGACGUCAGGUUUUUUUUGGGAAAGGGAGGGAGAGGAGCGAAUGGAAACGGGCUGAGCAGAUCAUCAGGACUGAAUCAAUCCCCUGCACUUUUGUUUUUAAAAACAUCAAGCCCUCCUUCUGAUUUGGUCAGGCUUUGCAUUUAUUAAUUUUCCCCUUGCAUUCUGGAGAAGGUCUCUUUUUUUUCUGAACACCAGGUUUGCAAAAAAAAAUGUCCCGCCCGAUCUCUUUAAAUCCCCGUUUUCUACCUCCCAGCCACGGAGUCCUGAAAUCGCUCCUGGAGAACCCGGUGAAACUGCCUCUGCGCUAUGAGGAAGGUUUCAACAAAGAAGAGAAGGAGAAACAGCUGGAGGAUGAGGCUGCAGGAAGCACGGUCCCACAGUUAGCUUUCCUGGGACCCACACUGUGGGACAAGACAUUGCCUUAUGAUGGGGAUACCUUCCAACUGGAGUACAUGGAUCUCGAGGAGUUCCUAUCUGAGAAUGGAAUCCCACCAAGUCCAUCCCAGCAGCAGGAGUCCAGCCAGCAGCACCCACCCUUACAGUCGCCUGCUGCCUCCCAUGGACCCCCAAUGGACCUCAGCAAGGCCAGCACCUCUGUCCAUCUGGGCCUUAACCCUCCAAACCUCCUCCAGAGCCCUGUCCGAGCAGGUCAGGUUCUGCCACCAGCCCGCAACACUCCCAGUCCCAUCGACCCUGAAAGCAUUCAAGUGCCAGUCAGCUAUGAGCCGGACCCUGCCGAUCUGGCACUCUCCAGCAUCCCUGGCCAGGAGAUGUUUGACCCUCGCAAGCGUAAGUUCACAGAUGAGGAACUGAAGCCCCAACCGAUGAUUAAAAAAGCUCGCAAAGUCUUCGUGCCCGAUGAAAUGAAGCAGGAUGAAAAAUACUGGGCACGACGUAGGAAAAACAACAUGGCAGCCAAGCGGUCCCGGGAUGCUCGCCGUCUUAAGGAGAACCAGAUAGCCAUUCGUGCAGCUUUCCUGGAGAAAGAAAAUUCCGCCCUGCGCCAGGAGGUAGCUGACCUCCGGAAGGAGCUGACCCGCUGCAAGAACAUCCUGUCGAAAUACGACGCUUGAAGUGAGCCGCUGUUGGGGCCGGCAAUGAACAGCUGCAAGAUAGACGAGUGCUGUCCUGUUUUAGCUGGCACUCAUCAUCAACCUCCUUAUCAUCCGAGAUCACUCCCUCCCUUCCCACCCAGCACCUCCCUCAUCAUUCUAUACCACUCCCUCCCAUUCCCACCCAGCAACUCCCCCCAUCAUUCUAUACCACUCCCUCCCAUUCCCACCCAGCAACCCCCCUCAUCAUUCUAUACCACUCUCUCCCCUUCCUACCCAGCAACUCCCCUCAUCAUUCUAUACCACUCCCUCCCAUUCGCACCCAGCAACCCCCCCCUCAUCAUUCUAUACCACUCCCUCCUCUUCGCACCCAGCAACUCCCCUCAUCAUUCUAUACCACUCUCUCCCCUUCCAACCCAGCAACCCCCCCUCAUCAUUCUAUACCACUCCCUCCCUUCCCACCCAGAACUCCCCUCAUCAUUCUAUACCACUCCCUCCCCUUCCAACCCAGAACUCCCCUCAUCAUUCUAUACCACUCCCUCCCCUUCCAACCCAGAACUCCCCUCAUCAUUCUAUACCACUCCCUCCCCUUCCAACCCAGAACUCCCCUCAUCAUUCUAUACCACUCCCUCCCCUUCCAACCCAGCAACUCCCUUCAUCAUUCUAUACCACUCUCUCCCCUUCCAACCCAGCAACCCCCCCUCAUCAUUCUAUACCACUCUCUCCCCUUCCAACCCAGCAACUCCCUUCAUCAUUCUAUACCACUCCCUCCCCUUCCAA